UAUAAAAACAUCAGGAGAAGAAAAAAAGAGGGCUAACUGAGGUUUUGCUAGGUGAUUGCUAAAUAUCUGGAUUUAUGGUGGACAAAUGAAAAAGAUAGCAGCAUUUUUUUUUAAAGACGCUGCUCUGCCGUGAAUCGGAACAGUCUGCGUUUCGUGUAAAAUGCCUCCCGGUCCAUCAGAAGGUUAAACGGGCUCAAACUUGUUGGCUGAUUCUCCUGAAUUAAGAGCUAAAGGGCCCUGAGUCCGCGGUGCUCGGGUGCACAUCAACCCAGCAUCUGGUGUGUGGGAAAGAGGUAGCAUCAAGCAACGGGGGGUUCCUGGUAUUGGAAGCUUUUAGAUAUUACCAACCUCACCUGACCAUGUCACUUAACGGACCUCCUCCUCGAUGGCGCAAUUGUCCUAGAAGAGGGCAACCUUUGGCAGGUAAAUUCCUGCCAAUGAAAACAAUGCUGGGUCCCAAAUAUGAUGACCAAGUUGCAGAGGAGAACAGGUUUCAUCCGAGCAUGCUGUCCAACUUUUUAAAAAGUCUAAAAGUGAAAAUGGGUUUGCUUGUGGACUUGACCAACACAACUCGCUUUUAUGACCGCGGUGACAUUGAAAAAGAGGGGAUAAAGUAUGUGAAGCUUCAGUGUAAGGGCCACGGAGAAUGCCCUUCAAAAGACAUCACUGCAGUGUUCAUCAAGCUCUGUGAAGACUUCAUAGAGAAGAAUCCCUCAGAUUUGAUAGGUGUUCACUGCACACAUGGCUUCAACCGGACAGGCUUUCUGAUAUGUGCGUACCUGGUGGAGAAGAUGGACUGGAGCAUCGAGGCAGCCGUGGCUGCUUUUGCCCAGGCUCGGGCCCCGGGGAUCUAUAAGGGAGACUACCUCAAAGAGCUUUUCCGUCGCUAUGGUGAUGAGGAGGACACACCUUCCGCUCCUGAGCUGCCAGAAUGGUGCUUUGAUGAUGAUGAUGGGGAAGUGGACGACGAUGGUAACGCAGUUGGCCAGGAGUCCGGCCCCAGCUCCUCUGGGUCAGGGCCUGGCAAGCGAAAGAAAGAGAAGCUAAAACUGGGUGCAGUAUUUCUCGAAGGCAUCACUGUGAAAGGCGUCACACAGGUCAUCACACAACCCAAGUUAGGCGAGAUCCAAAGAAUGUGCCAGGAGAUGACCGAGUGGGACAAGUCUGGUUUUCCUGGUGCGCAGCCUGUGUCAAUGGACAGAAAAAACUUACGUUUUCUCGAGCAGAAUCCAUACAAAGUCAGUUGGAAAGCCGACGGCACACGGUACAUGAUGCUCAUCAAUGGAAAAAAUGAGGUUUACAUGAUUGACAGAGACAACACCAUCUUCCACAUAGCAAACCUAGAGUUUCCUUUCCGGAAGGAUCCACGUGUCCACUUAUCAAAUACUCUACUGGAUGGGGAGAUGAUCAUCGACAAGGUGAACGGUCACCCCGUCCCUCGCUAUUUGAUAUAUGACAUCAUCAAAUUCAAUGCACAGCCUGUUGGCCAGUGUGAUUUCAAUAUCCGGCUGUUAUGCAUAGAAAAGGAAAUAAUUUCUCCCAGGAUGGAAAAGAUGAAGACUGGACAGAUUGACAAAACCAAGGAGCCCUUCAGUGUCCGAAAUAAGCCGUUCUUUGACAUUCAUGCUUCACGCAAGCUCCUGGAAGGCAGCUUCACAUCCCAGGUCAGCCAUGAAGUCGAUGGGCUUAUCUUCCAGCCAUGUGGGAGAUACAAGGCUGGGAAGUGUGACGACAUCCUCAAGUGGAAGCCCCCCAACCUCAACUCCGUGGACUUUCGCCUCCAGAUCUCCAAAGUCAGAGGAGAAGGGCUGCUACCACAGACUGUCGGCCUCCUCUAUGUUGGCAACUACGAAAGGCCCUUUGCAUCGAUGAAGGCCACUAAAGAGCUGAAACAAUACGACAACAAGAUCAUCGAGUGCACCUUUACCAACAACACCUGGGUCUUCAUGAGGCAGAGGGUGGACAAAAGCUUCCCCAACUCCUAUGAUACAGCCAUGGCUGUGUGUCAAAGCAUCCGGGAGCCCGUCACUAAGGAAAUCCUUUUGGAGUAUCUGGACCGCUGUGCUCAGGGAGCCCAAAACCGGAAAAACCCGCGAGACCCAGACUCUGAGCUAAUGCCCCCUCCCCCUCCAAAGAGACCCAACCGGGCCAUCCCAUAGCCCACAGUUACACCCUUGGGACUGCUUCACAGUCACAGUGUACAUCCACAUCACCAGCCACUCACACCCCAACAGAUUUCAAGACAUUUAAAUGCUUUCUUACCUGCAGCACGUUUGCUUUAUCAGCCCAUACGUGUCAGGGCACCAGAAAACCUCGAUGUCAUUAAAUUACAUUGUAGACCUCUUUGUAGCUUUAAUUGCCUGUGUUCUUAUUAAAAUAAAGAAAUAUGCUUAGGGGUUUUUUUUUCUUUGUUUUCCUGUUUAUAAUUUUUAACAUAUGAGCUAAUUGGUAUUUAUUUACUUGGAAAUUGUUAUAGCAACAAAUAACACCUGAGAAACUGUGUUCAUGUUUUGUCAAAUAGUUCCUUAAUUUGAUUUGAAAGAGGAGUAAACAUCUUCAAAACUCAGUCUGCUGUCUUUACACUUCAGAAAUAGUUUCCACCAUCAGAGGUCUCAUGUAGAUUAACACAAAGCUGCUCGGAUGCUCAUUUAACAGAUUAAGGUUCCUCGUAGAGUUCCACCUGUAAGGCUCAGCCGGGGGUUUCCAAAUGUUUUCAUAUCUCAUAUCAGGAUUAGAUCUCAGCACUCUGCCUCAGCCCAUCUGUGUGGACUUUUGUUUUAAAGGCCACAUGGGUGGGCAGGGAGAUGACAACAUGAGUACACUGUCUCUACAAACUAACUACAAAGAAGUAAAACCAGUGAAGUCGAGCUACAGAUGGGUGGCACACAAACAUUGUCUUAGAGAAGUAAAGAAGCUUCAAAUGGAGGGAUAAAUACAACUCUUCCAGAAGAUUAGAGCUUCGGAUCGCUUGACUUUGAUUUUGAUUCACAA